UCACAACAGACAAGGAACCCUGAGAAUAUAGCAACUGUCAUGAUCACGUAUGUCCCUCCACUCCUUGUGCAGCAGCUAUAUAAAGUUUGACCUACCUGCAUGCAGUGCCUGCACUGACCAGACGCCGCACCAGCAUCAUGAGGGUGUUCCUUGUUCUCUGCAUCCUGGCUGUGAGUCGAGCUGACCUCCUGCAUGACAUCCUCCAGAGGGAGAAGGACGCAGCCAGCAACUCGAAUCAGCUCGAGGCCAUCGCCAACUCUAUCCAGAAGAGGAAUUUCCUGGACACGCUGAAAAAUCCAUAUGACAAGAUUGACUACGCACCCAUCGCCCCAAAUUUCCCGCCCAUCUAUCAAACCGGUCUGCCCGUUGUGGAAGAGAUUGGAAAACAGGUGCUACCAGAUCCUGCAAAGGUUGCCCCAAGCCUAAUCAGUGCUGGGCUGACUGCUCUCAUUGGAAGACGAGACGUAGAUCGCAGAAGCUUCCUCGAUGAUCUAAAGAAAAUCGCCGAAGGUAUUCUGAAGGAGGUUGAGGUUCUAGCGCCGAAAGUGAUUGAGAGUGCUUUGCCCGGUCUUCUAUCUGGUAUUGGUAAACGUGAAAUCGAGCGCAGAAACAUCCUCGAUGAACUGAAACGAAUGGGCGAAGAUAUUAUUAAAGAGCUUAAGGAGCUGUGUGAAAAGGGCCCGCCGAUAUGCCCAUACCGAGAGUCGCCAUCAGAUAUUCUUAACGGCAUUGACUGUGAGUAAACAGGUUUUUGUCUU